GUUCUCUCGGUCCUCGUCGGUCGUAGCCGUGAUCCUCCGUUUCCGCCGGUGUCGCCCACCUCGAGCUCAGUGAGCCGGUGUGUGAGCGCCGCGACGCCUAGAACAGCACUGUCGUCGUCGAACGUUGUCAUCAUCCUCGUCGUCAUCAUCGUCGAUUCCCAUCGGUGCGGAUUUGGCGACGGUUUCACACGUUUUCCUUCAUCCUCGUCGUCCUUCGUCUUCGUCGUCAUCCUCGUCGUCGUCGUCCUCGUCGUCGUCGUUGUUGUCGCUGUCAUCGUUGUGGGGUUCUUUUCGCUCGAGCGCCGUCAUCAUCGUCCUCGUCGUUGUCAUUGUCAUCAUCUCCAUUGCUUUCGAUACGCCACGGUGGACCUGGGUGCUGUUUGACAGGCACGCGACUAUUCGGAGCGAUUCUGGUGCGCAGGAAAGAGAGAGAAGGACGAGUGCAGCAUCUCCUACUCCUUUCCUCUUACUCCGUCCAUCUGUUUCCUGCAACUCCUCUCUUCUACCUUCUUCUACCCCCUCUUUCUCUUCUCUUCUUUCUCUCUCUCUCUUUCUUGGUAUAUAUGCACGCUCUCUCCCUCUGCUUCAUCCCUUUUGCCACUACCCUCUUGUCAUCGUUUUCUCUCUCGUUCUCACGAUCAAGUUCAUUCUUCGCGCAACGACGUUCCGCUGCUCGUUGUACCGUGUUCGGCCACUGUAUCGUCGUUCUUUCUUGGUUAUUGUUGCCUCACGUGCUACGCUACCCGGAUAACACGGCGCUGCUCGAGACAGAUCUCGAUUUCACGUCUCGCGAGUUCUCUCGUCCGCUCCGAUCUCUCUUGGGAGACGACGACGACGACCGCGCAGCAGAGGGCAAGUGGAACAGCGGACGAGAGCGCGAGGGAUAGAGGAAAGGAGUAAGUCAGAGAGAGAGAGAGAGGGAAAGAGAUGGAAAAACGCGACACCCAGAAGAAGACGAAAGAUGUGUAGACACCUUAGCCUCGUGCCUAUCAUCGUGCCCGCAGGACCUUCGAGGUGGACAUUCGUGGCUCGCUUAACAUCCCGCAGGCUGCUGUCGACUGCGAUGUAAUCGUCCCUCGAGCUCUCCCAUCAUCGGCUACGCAUUCUCGGGACUGGAAGAUGCACGAACGAUUUCUGGAGGAGUAUGCAAUGCGUUCGACGGGCCGUGAGACAACGAGAUGAAAUCGCGCGGUUAUUAUCCGAAAAAUCUGAAUCGAUUCGCAUCGCGUCUGCAAUGGUAAAUCUCGGUGGUGAUGCGCGAUAAGAUAAUCAUCAUGAUGACCGAACGUGUUUCUAUCGCAACGUUGACGAAACAGUCGUGGAACGUAUACGAGAUGCACGUGUGAUCCUGCAUCGAGUUGAUUAGCCGCUCCGACCCCACGUGUGCAAGCACGGACGCAUCCUUCGAGGAGCAGAUCAUUCUCCAGUGACCGUUUCAGAAUGAACGUGACAGCAAUCUUAAACGGUGCGACGACCACCGUGGCAAGCAUCAUCAAUACCGAGUCUGGAAUAAGACUGAACAAGACAUUAAGUAGCGUUCUCGACGGUGACCUCGAUGUUUCGCCGGUGACCUUGUCAUCGGCCUGGUCCAGAGUGGCCCGACUUUUGUUGCUGGCCUCUCUAGCCGUCGGCGGGAGCGUGGGUAAUGUCUUCAUGAUAUCCGCCGUGGUAGUAGAAGACCAGCUCAACAAACGAGGAAACGCGUUCCUCGUAAACGUGGCGCUGGCGGAUCUGGUGGUGACCGGACUGGUAAUACCGGUCUCGGUGAUCGUAAUCCUGGCGGGCCACGAAGAGUCCCUGGCUACCUGCCGAUUCGAGUGGACCCUCGAGGCACUUUGCUUUUUGGUGACCGUACUGACGUUGGCCGCAAUCGCCUUCGAAAAUUACGCACGUCUGUGUCUACCCGCCGAGAGAUACGCCAACGUAACGGCAUGCCAUGUAACAGCCGUGAUUGUUUUCCUCUGGCUGCUCGCCGUGAUUGCGGUAGUCUUGCAAUCAACCUUCGACGUGGGUCCCGACUUUUGUCGCCGCAGGCUCAGCGGCAUCGCGAUGGAGCAAGCGGUUGGCGCGAGCCUCCUGGUCGGACUGCCUGCUCUGAUAACGAUUUUCUUCUACGUGAAGCUGGUGAUACGCGUGCGACGUGUCACGCGGACGUACAAGCCGCCGCUCGCCUUUUCCUGGGACUACGAGCUCACCAAGACGAACAUGUGCAGCUGCGUGAUGUUCGCCGUGUUCUGGCUGCCAUUCGGUCUGGCGGUAUGCGUGAAUUCCUUCAGGCCGAUCAGCGCCCGGGUGCUCUACAAUCUCGCUUGGUUCGCUCUGUCCAAGUCUUGCUUCAACAAUCUGCUCUACUGCGUGGCGGACCGCCACUUCCGCAGCGCUUACAUCAAGCUCUUUCAUUAUUGCUGCUGCAAGACCACGGUGAGCUUUUCAAGGAGACCCCGCGGCGGCGAGAGCAGUAGAAAUGCGAGCGACGUGCGUCUCCGGGUGCACAUUAUUCACUCGUACGCGAGUCCGUCGUCUUGUCGACCGGCCGUAGCCAGGCCGAACGGACGUGACGUCUACGAGCUCUAGACGCGGACGCGAUGCACGUGCGAGAUGCGCAAAACAAGACGAUAAAGAUGUCCUCGUUGCAUCCAUCCGGACCCCCGUUUCGCCGCGUAAUGAGAGUCCAUUCUUGCGAGAUGAGGCAAUCAUUGUGUCGACGCACAAACGACGUCGCGCCGGGACUCCGGUUUCACCUUACAAGGAGAAUUAAUUGGUUUGUCUUCCUCAAUUCUUUUACGACUUCUUUUUCGACAACAGCUGAAUCAUUUUUACGUUGAAUGAAGUUCUUCCCGUUUUUAUAAGGAUGUCAAGAACAAGUUCUUUUUACACAGGUAAAUUAAUUUUGACGUAAUUGAAGACGUUGACGUUAUUACAUAGAUCUGAUUUAGUUACGAUUUUAUAUUGCUUUUUUCUGUUUUAUAUAUAUCUAUGAAUUUUAUGGA